AACCGCCAAUUUUUCCCCUAAAGAAAAGGAAAACUCGAAAAGAAAUUCCUUUUGUGGAAUCUCUGACCAUUUGUUGAUGGAUCAUGGAACCCACGCAUGCGAUUCACCUCGUCACCUCCAAUGACUCGCCCGAGUUCGUCCACCUUAAGUACGCGUUGACUCACUCUUCGAUAAUCGGACUCGACGCGGAAUGGAAGCCCAACCGCCACGCGUCCACCUUCCCCACCGUCGCCCUCCUCCAAAUCGCAUGUCGACUCGUCAACUCGGACGAGUCAGAGCCGGACGAGUCGCCGGUUUUCCUACUCGAUCUCCAAGCGGUUCCUCUGCUCUCGGUGUACGAGUUGUUGAGAGAAUUGCUUGUCUCGCCUGAUGUUAUCAAGUUAGGGUUUAGAUUUAAGCAGGACCUUGUUUAUUUGUCCUCCACUUUUGUCGAGCAAGGCUGCGAUCCUGGUUUUGAUAGAGUGGAACCGUAUAUAGACAUUACUGCCAUAUACAACUAUCUACAUCCUAAACAACUCGGACGAAGGAUAUCGAAGCAAAUCAAGAGCUUGGCAACAAUCUGUGAAGAAGUUUUAGGAAUCUCACUCUCUAAGGAGCUUCAGUGCAGUGACUGGUCCCAGCGUCCUCUAACAGAAGAGCAGAAGAUAUAUGCGGCUGCAGAUGCUCAUUGCUUGGUUCAGAUAUUUAAUGUUUUCCGAGCGAAGGUUGUUAGUGAAGGAACUUCCUUGGGAAACCAUAUUAAACAUUGGCCAUCUGGCUUUGAUCCUGGGUUGAAGCAGAUUACUGAGACAUCGAAUGGGUGUAACAUGGUAACACAAACAAAAUUUUGUGAAGCUUCAAAUAUGAUCCGCACAACUGUGCCAGAAGUACAUAGUAGCAUACUAAUAACUGAGGAGGUAGAUUCUAUGAAGUCGAGUGAAUGUAUUAACCAUGUUGAUAAUAGCCUCUUGUGGAUUGUUAGGAAACACGGUGACAAAAUAUUGUUAAAGGAUACAGACAGAAAACCGAAAACUACCAAAAGAAAGGCUAAAAAGUCUUCUACUGGAUCAGAGAGUAGUAAACCGAAAAACCUUCAAACUGCAGAAGAAUGGCAAGGCCCCCCUCCAUGGGAUCCAUCCUCGGGUGGUGAUGGAUGCCCCAAGUUUUUGUGUGAUGUAAUGAUUGAAGGCUUGGCAAAGCAUUUACGAUGUGUUGGGGUAGAUGCCGCAAUUCCAUAUUCAAAAAAGCCGGAAACCAGGGAUUUAAUAGAUCAAGCGCGAAAGGAGAAGAGAGUUCUCUUAACACGGGAUGUCAAGCUUUUGAGAUAUGAAUAUUUGAUAAAGAAUCAGAUAUAUCUGAUUAGAAAUCUCCUUAAAAACGAUCAGCUACUGGAGGUAAUUGAAACAUUUCAGCUUAAGAUUUCUGAGGACCAGCUAAUGUCAAGGUGUACAAAAUGUAAUGGGGGUUUCAUCCAAAAACCUCUAACAACUCAAGAAGCCGUCGAAGCGGCUAAGGGAUUUCAAGUGAUUCCCAACUGCUUGUUCAACAAAAAUAUUGAGUUCUGGCAGUGCAGGGACUGCAAUCAACUAUACUGGGAGGUACCCCUCAUUUUUCAACUUCCUCACUGUAAAUAACGCGCACAUAAACC